AUGAAAUGGAAAGAAAUUUACAUGAUUGUUUAGCAGUUGCCAAAAAUAUCUAUUAAGAUCCAAAACUAUUACCAGGAGGAGGAGCUUGCUAGAUUGUUGGAAAAAGCAAAUAAAGUUGAAGGAUUGGGUCAAUUGCCAUAUAAAGCUGUUGCCUAUGCUUUGGAAAUUAUACCAAGAACACUCUCUGCCAAUUGUGGAGCUGACACUGUCAGAAUAUUGACUGAAUUAAGAGCCAAACAUAGUGAAACCGGAGGAUUAUUUUUUGGAGUUGAUGGAAAUACUGGAAAAAUUGCGAAGAUGAAUGAAAUUAAUGUUUGGGAACCUUUAUCUGUAAAAAAAUAAGUUUUUAAAACUGCCAUCGAGUCAGCCUGUAUGCUAUUGAGAAUUGAUGAUGUUGUGUCAGGAAUUAAAAAGAAGCAAUAAUAAUCUGGUCGUCAAGGAGAAGAGGAACCAUAAGAAACCUUUGGAGAUCAAAGAGACGGUUGAUAAAUAAAUCAAUAACAAUAUAGGAUAAAUAUAGUAAUAGUAUACAUUA